AUGACUGAGAUGAUGGCUCAGAUAGGGGCAAUGAUGCAGAUGAUGCAGAAAACUGUUGUUGUUGGUGCCAUGCCCAAUCCUCCUCCAGAUCCUCCAAACUUUCAAAUGCCUCAAGUCUCAGGAGCACGGGGCACUCUUGAAGGUGGCAACGAAGUUCAUAAUGUCAUCCGCCAGCCCACUCCGCAGAAUAUUGCAAGUGCUUCCGAGCCUGUGACCACUGCACAGUUGGAAGGAAUCAUCACAGAAAGGAUCAGGGCUAUUAUAGCUGUUGAUCAAGCAGAAAAAUUAGUGGGCAAGGGUCGUCCGUAUCCUGCUGAAUAUGACCACGUACCAUACUCGAAAGGGUAUUCUAUACCAAAGUUCAAUACUUUCAAUGGUACUAACAAUCCCCGCCAGUACCUGGCACAGUUUAAAGCCACCUGCGGGAACACAGGAGGAAAUGACGCCCUACUCUUCCAACAAUUCGUCAGCAGUUUGACAGCAACUACUUUCGAAUGGUACGCUGAACUGCCAAACGACUCUGUGAAGACCUUUGCAGAGUUAGAAUCUAUGUUCGUGAAGAUAUUCGCUAGUGCAACUGAGAAGAUCACGAUCGCUGACCUCGCUCUGGAUAAGAGAAAAAGAGAAGAAUCAGUGACUAAAUACAUCACUCGUUGGCGAAAUUUGAGCAUGAAAUACAUGCUCGACAGAGUGGCCAAGUUUGAAAAACUGAAUUUGUCCAGAUCAGAAAAUCACUCUGAUAAGUUCAAGAAGGCUAAGGCCCCGGGUGCUAGAAGGGGUGAUGCCGACUCUAUGUUCUUCUCCAUAGCUGAUAGAGAAAAGCAAGUGGAGGAGAACGCCAGAGACAGAUAA